ACAUUCCCAGCCCCGCCCCCCUGUUUGUGAUCUGAAAGAAGAACAUAAAAAACUGAAAAACAAACAAUUAGAAUUUGGAAAAGGACUCCCGAAGUUCCACGGGCAAGUUGCGUGUGUGUGAAUCGUUAUAGAGAAAUGAAGAUUGCUGUGAUUGGUCAGAGCCUCUUUGGGCAGGAGGUGUAUAAAGAGCUGCUCAAGGAAGGACACACGAUUGUGGGAGUGUUCACAGUCCCAGACAAAGAUGGAAAAGCAGACCCUUUAGCCACAGAGGCUGAGAAUGACGGGGUGCCAGUGUUUAAGUUCCCACGCUGGAGGCUGAAGGGAAAGGCUAUAGCGGAGGUGCUAAACCAGUACAGGGCUGUCGGGCCGGAGCUCAAUGUGAUGCCAUUCUGCUCCCAGUUUAUCCCCAUGGAGGUGAUUGACUUCCCCAAGCACGGCUCCAUCAUCUACCACCCCUCCCUCCUCCCCCGGCACAGGGGGGCCUCCGCCAUUAAUUGGACUCUCAUUCACGGAGAUAAGAAGGGUGGGUUCACAGUUUUCUGGGCUGACGAAGGGCUGGACACAGGUCCAAUUCUCCUCCAGAGAGAGUGUGAGGUUUAUCCUGAUGACACAGUGAACACCAUCUAUAAGAGAUUCCUCUUUCCAGAGGGGAUCAAAGGCACAGUGGAUGCAGUUAGGCUGAUUGCAGAGGGGAAGGCCCCUAGGAUUAUACAACCAGAGGAAGGGGCAACCUAUGAGGGUAUCCAGAAGAAAGACAAUGCCAAGAUAAACUGGGACCAGCCUGCUGAAGCAAUCCACAACUGGAUCAGAGGAAAUGACAAAGUCCCAGGAGCCUGGGCUGAAGUGGAUGGGCAGAAAGUGACUUUCUAUGGCUCUUCCUUGGUGGACAAUGAUACUGCCCCUAACGGCCAGCCUCUGGAGAUACCAGGAGCCAGCAAACCAGGGCUGGUCACCAAAAAUGGGUUGGUGCUGUUUGGCAAUGAUGGCAAACAGUUGAUCGUGAGAAAUCUGCAGUUUGAAGAUGGGAAGAUGAUUGCAGCUUCUCAGUAUUUCAAAGCCGGGGAGAGUACAACUGUGGAGCUGACUGAAGAGGAGCGGAGCUUUGCAGAAGAGAUGCGGGUUGUCUGGAAAGGGAUUCUGUCUAACAUGGAAGAAAUAGAGGACUCAACUGACUUUUUCAAGUCCGGAGCUGCAUCCAUGGAUGUUGUGAGGCUGGUGGAGGAGGUGAAGCUACGAGGCAGCGGGCUGCAGCUUCAGAACGAAGAUGUGUACAUGGCCACCACCUUCCAGGAGUUCAUCCAGAUGCUGGUGCGCAAGCUGAGAGGGGAGGAUGAAGAGGAGGAGAUGGUCAUUGAUUAUGCUGAGAGGAAUGUGAACAACAUGACAGUCAAGAUGCCUCACCAGCUCUUUAUUAAAGGGCAGUUUGUGGAUGCAGAGGGAGGAAAAACGUACCAGACCAUUAACCCAAACGAUGGCAUGGCUAUCUGUAGCGUGUCCUUGGCUCAGGUCUCGGAUGUCGAUAAAGCAGUAGCCGCUGCUAAAGAAGCCUUUGAGAACGGAGAGUGGGGGAAAAUGAACCCAAGAGACCGGGGAAGGCUCAUGUACAAGCUGGCUGAUUUGAUGGAGGAACACCAGGAGGAGCUGGCCACUAUAGAAUCCAUUGACUCAGGCGCUGUCUACACCCUCGCCCUCAAAACCCACAUUGGCAUGUCCAUCCAGACCUUCCGUUACUUUGCAGGCUGGUGUGAUAAGAUACAGGGCUGUACCAUCCCCAUUAACCAGGCUCGGCCCAAUCGAAACCUGACUUUCACAAAGAGGGAGCCAAUCGGGGUGUGUGCCAUCGUUAUUCCUUGGAACUACCCUCUUAUGAUGCUGGCAUGGAAGACUGCGGCCUGUCUAGCUGCUGGGAAUACUGUCGUCCUGAAGCCAGCCCAGGUGACCCCGCUUACAGCCUUGAAAUUUGCUGAGCUCACUGUGAAGGCUGGCUUUCCGAAGGGAGUCGUUAAUAUUUUACCAGGGGCAGGCUCCCUCGUCGGGCAGAGGAUGUCCGAUCAUCCUGAUAUUCGGAAGCUCGGUUUUACUGGCUCCACACCAAUCGGAAAACAGAUCAUGAAAAGCUGUGCGUUGAGCAAUGUAAAGAAGGUCUCCCUAGAACUGGGUGGGAAAUCCCCACUCAUUAUCUUCAGUGACUGUGACAUGGACAAAGCUGUGAGGAUGGGAAUGAGUUCUGUGUUCUUCAAUAAAGGUGAAAACUGCAUUGCAGCUGGCCGACUGUUUGUGGAAGAAUCCAUUCAUGACCUGUUUGUAAAGAGAGUGGUGGAGGAGGUGAAGAAGAUGAAAACGGGAGACCCCCUGGACAGGGCGACGGACCACGGCCCCCAGAAUCACAAAGCUCACUUGGACAAGCUUGUGCAGUACAGCCAGAUGGGGCAGCAGGAGGGGGCCACACUCGUGUGUGGUGGGAAGCAGGUGCCGCGACCAGGGUUUUUCUUUGAGCCUACGAUAUUUACGAAUGUAGAGGACCACAUGUACAUCGCAAAGGAGGAGUCAUUUGGCCCCAUAAUGAUUAUCUCCAAAUUCAAGGAGGGCGAUGUUGACGGUGUACUGAAGCGUGCCAACGACACAGAGUUCGGUCUGGCCUCUGGCGUGUUUACCCGUGACAUCAACAAGGCCAUGUACGUGAGUGAGAAGCUGCAGGCCGGGACCGUGUUCGUUAACACCUACAACAAAACGGACGUGGCAUCCCCCUUCGGAGGAUUCAAACAGUCUGGCAUCGGGAAGGACCUGGGUGAAGAAGCCCUCAACGAAUACCUAAAGACCAAAGCAGUUACAAUUGAAUACUGACAGAAUAACUCACUUAGGGAUGGGCCCUCCUUUCUGAAGAAACCACCCAUUUUCUUAAUGUAGCUUGUCCGCAGCAAUUCAAUUUGCUAAUUUCAUUUUAGUAGAAUGUAAACUUAACAGUAUGAUGUUAGCCCGAUACGUGGACCCAAGAAUGCAUCUACUUUGCUUAGUUUGGCUUUCAUAAAAAUUACAGGUGGCCUCCAUUGAGGUGACACAGUAGUUUAAUUGAGCAUCAUUCGGUGAGGGCUGUUAAUCUGCUCAAGCUUCUUUUGAGAACGGAUCUCACCCCAUUCAAACUCAUUAUGUGCCAUACGUUUAUUAACACACUGUGUUGACAUUUCUAGUAAAACACUGUGAAUAAGAAUGUUUGUCAAACCCAUGCUUUGAUGCAGGGUUAGGUAGCCCUGGUCCUGGAGUGCUAAAUACCUGGAAGACAAUUAAGCCAAUCAUUAAAUCAAUUAAUUUAUUAAGGGGCUUGAGUAAAACAAAAACCAGAAGCGUGUGUGUGUGUGGCACUGCAGGACCAGGGUUGCCUACGUCUGCUUUGAUGUGUGGUGCUGCAUAAUACUGUCUUUGUGGCUCAUCACAUCAUUGUUCCUUAUUCGUUAGAGUCCUGCACGGGUCGUAAAAAUAGAUUUUUACGACCUGCUUCUGACCCUGACCCGCUUCUACAGGACUUGACCUGAACCCGCAACGCCGUCUUCUUACCCAUGACCCGAUCAGCAUUAAUAAGACUUGCAACCCGACUCAAACCCGCAAGUGUUUGUCCUUUACCUACUGCCUGCGUCAACUGACUCUCACGCUCUCACCUUCACGCAGAUAUAAAUAAUAAUAAUAAUAAUAGUAAAUAUUUUUAAUUUUUUUAUAGCGCCUUUCAUAGUGGACCACCAUCGCA